CUGCUAAGUGCUACAAAUCCCUUUUCCAAUGCCCCGCGCCGCAGUGCUCCAUCGAUAUUAACAUUUAUACGACGUGACAGUAAAAUACACUACAAAAUAAGAAGUUACAUCCAGAAUAAUGUCUUUAACCCCUCUCGUUUUAUCCAUCUUAGUACCAAAUCUAGUUUUAUCGCAAACGGACAGUAACGCAGUCAGUGAAGUAAAUACAUUGCAGUGGAGUUCUACGGAAUCAGUUUUUGCCUUGCAAAUCCAACAAAUCCGAACGUCGACGGCGGCGGAAGAGCCGCCCGCGGCCUCUACCGGAAACAAUCUUAACGUCUUCAGUCCCGACGAAGCAAGUAACUUUCUUGAAGUACAAGAAGAAAAUUUCCGCGCAAUCUCGCCUUUUCAUCCGAUUGGAAAAACGAAUGCCGGUGGAAAAAUCAAAAGCGAUCAAGAAGGAGGAAAUAGCAAAUUACUUUCAUCACUUCAAGUGAAUUUUCUAGAUGAGAGAAAAGGUGUUUUUCAAAAUACUAAAGUUAACAAUUUAAAAGAACCAGAGAAUUUAGUUUGGGAGAAUUGCUUCGAUAUUGCGAAUUUGAAUUCAAGAGCCGACUUGGAAAAUUCCGAUAGUGUUGAAUCCGAAAAUGUAAGGACUUUCGAAAACUAUGUAAACAAACGAAACUCGUUAUCAAUGAACGAUUCUUCAGCUUUAAGGUCUUGGUUAGAGAAGUAUAAUAUACUAAGAAAUGGGCAAACGGAGCAGCCUAUUAUUUUUACUGACACUGCUACCAUUGAGCCCGUAACAUCUACAAGUGCAUCGACAAUACAAAUUAUACCAAUUACGGCGAGCAUACCAAACUCUUUUACAGAGUCAAUGAACAUUUCACUAGAUUUUAUCACUGAACUUGCUAUAAAAGAAACCGAUACAAUGGAUUGGCAUAUAGACGACGAGCAAAGUAAGAUUAAAUUUGGAAGUUUGCCUCAAACGCAAACAUAUCUGAUACCAAAAUUCAAACUAAAUGAGGGAUUUCACCCUUUCAGUUUUAUGUCAAAGUUCUUUUCUGUGAUAUAUCUCUUCGACUAUCCAAUUGGUCUUGUCAAGGAUAUAGUUAAAGGGAAAUUCACUUUCCCUUAUUCAUUUUUACAGUCAAUCAAAGUGGAGUCAACAUUUUUGGUGUUUAUCAUAACUUUCGGCGUCUUUGCGCUGAUCAUUCCAUUGUACCUCUUCAUAUUGAGCUUAAUAUCGUUGUUUUCUAAAUCAAAGUGCACAGAUGAAAUUGAAUCUGGAACCUUAUUCCUGGAAGCAGAGAGACCAGAUUGCCACGACAAAGUCCUCGUCACUUUCACGUUCCUGUUUUUGCUUAUAUGCUGUGGUCUUAUUUCGGGGAUGGUUUUGAGCAAUGAGCAGUCUCGAAUAGCCGUGGCAGAGAGUCGCAAUGUAAUUAGCUGUGCAUGCGCCGAUAUAGCUGCCUGGCUUUCAACAGCUGCGCAGGAGUUGCAUCAGAGUCUGGUACCGCCGGUGGAUAUGGUGUUUUAUGCUUAUAAUGAAGAUUUGAGAAAUGUAGCAACACUUUUGGGACAACCAAUACAACAAGCUAUAGCAUCAGAAAGUGGCAUAGACUUGGUACUGGACUCUUUGGCAGAUAUUAUAUCAGAGAGCGAAGAUCUAUCUAAUAAGGUAUCAUCUUUAAGAGAAUCCUGCACUAAAGCUAGUCUUCUCGCAGCUGCAGCUUCAGAAAAGAUCAGUGACUUAGCUCAACAAUUAGAUAGUCUCAGACAACACUGUGUCGAGAAAGACAUUCCUCUUUGUGAUACGCUUAGGACAAACACGCUACAUAUUAUGAUGAAAUUUGAUUCAAUACUUCAAGAGGAACAACUUUUAGAACUAAACAACUUAGGAGUUACAAACUUAACACAGGCCAUAUCUACAGCCAGAAAAGAAUUUCGCACUUUGCCAAUAGCUAUAUCAUCGCAAACAGAAAGAAUAAGAGCGGAUAUUCUCCGCGAUAUAGAAAAUCGUAGACAAAUCGUUCAUAACUCUGCUAAAGUUCUAAACGAUAUAGUAAGACAUUUGACAGCGGGACUACAUAGUCUUGCACGACAUAUGGACACAGGGUUGGAUAGAUUAAAUAAGUAUGAGAUGUGGCGUUGGUCUAUAAUGCUAGCAUGCAACGUUAUCAUUAGUUUCGUCAUGUUGCUGAUUCUCCUGGCAAUGUUUUGUGGUUGUGGAAAUGCGAAAAUUCACGCAAAAAGAACAUUACAAGUAUCCUCAUUUUGUUUGUGUAUUGUAUCUAUCAUUCUUUGGAGUAUAAUUUCUGCUACCUUCCUUAUCUCUGGACAUGCUGAGGUGUAUGCUUGUCAAAUUUUAUGGGAGGGACAGUAUAAGACUUUAUCAACGCUUUUGGAUCGUCCAUCUCCUCUUUUAUCUGAUAACGAUGGAAUUUUUGAUGUCUUAUUCAAAGAUCUAUACAAUGUUACCAUAGAUGUACCUGUCAAAAAUGUUUUAAGAGAAUGUGAAAAAAACCAGCCGGCAUACAUCGUAUUCCAACUGGAUAAAGUUUUAGACGUAAACAAGGAGACGUCUUACUUUGAAUGGGACGAACUACAGGACGACUUAAGAAAAUUAUCGAAGUCUAUUGACGUUGGAUUUCUAAAGACAAUUUCAGACAACUUCAACAAGUUGCUCAAUAGGAUACUUUUUAUUUCUGAUGUUAAUUUGACGACAUAUAGGAUGGAAUAUAAUGGUCCAGUUUUGGGUAAGGAUUUGCCAUCAUUUGUGGACCAGCUGGAAAACGUUGCAGUUCAAGUAAGCGAUUUGAAUACCGCGGGAAGGUUAGAAAGUUUAGCAACAAGAACUCAAAGAAUUCAUUUAUCGAACAUCAAGCCACUGGAGCAGUUGCGGACAGAGUUGGUCUUCAAGUUGACAGAACUCGAAUUGCAGAUGAUGCCUUUUCGAAGGAAGUUGAACAUUUCGUUGAGCCACAUACACACUGCGCAGUUUUACAUCGACAACCAAGGAGACGUGAUUGCCCAAAAGAAACUAUCAACCUUCAUAUCCCGGCUGGUCUCCCACACGGCUGGCUGGCGCACCCAUGUCCUCACGGAAGCUGGUGAACACGCGGGCAGGUGUGGCCCGCUGUUCGCAGUGUUCGCUGCCAUUAGAACACUUGUAUGCAUCAAAUAUGUCUCUUCUCUGCACGGGUGGUGGUUUUGCGGGUUUUUCUUGGGAUUCAUUUGGUGUACUGUCUUCACUCCACUUUGCGUCAAACUCUGGAGAUCAUACGCCAAGAAAUUGAGGACCAUGGAUACUUUAACACUGACUAACAUAGGGAACCCGGUACACCAGCAACAGCAACCUGCGAGGACACCAACUGGAACACCCCAGGACCCCCACCACCACCUCGAGACGACAGUUGGUGAUUAUCAAUUCUCAUUCACGGAGUUAGACAGUGGAUCAGCUGAUGUGGAUUACAAUAUACUCGUAUGCGAUAAUAUGGAUCGAAUGUUGCCUUCUAGCACAAAAAUUUAUGAUAAAGAUUGUACGUACUACGAAUGAGACGUUUUGUGCUUUGAUGUUUUGAAAAAAAUACAUUACCUAAUACCUAACCUUAUAAUAUUCCAACGACAAAAAUUAGUAUUAAUCUAUCUGUAAUAGUCUGUAAUCUGUCGAUAAGUUACAUAGCAACAGCUAGCAACGUUGUUAAUUGUUAUAAAGUAUA